AUAGUGAAAAUUUUAUUUUAUUUUAUAUUAUAAUUUUAGUUUAACGAUGUCGCAUUUUCUCUUGUGAUAAGUGUUAUUAUUGAUAUUAAAAGUUGAAAUUUUGAUAUGCGUUAAAUUUUAAGUUAGAAUACAAUAAUAAAAAAAAUAAUAAAAGAAGUUCAACACACAUCACAUUAAUCCAGUUAGGAAAAAAACUAUUAAAGAAAAAACACUUUUAAUCCCGAUACUGCCAUUCCCACAUACUUCAAUAAAAGGUGAUGAGACUUCGCAUCUGCUCUGUUGGAAUAAAUUAUUUAUGAGAUGCACGUUUACAAGUAAGAGAUCGUAUACUCUCAACGCACAUAUCAAGUACCACUGUGCCACAUUACCAAUAGAAGGUUAAAAGAAAAUUUUGUUUUGCAAGUAUUAACUUGGAGAAAGGUAUCAACAAUGCUGCUGGUGGUUGUCAUGAUGCUAUGGUCAAUGGUGGACAGUCAUCGUCCAGCGGGUAGUUAUUACACGGUGUCCGAAUUCAAAACGACAGUUUCUCCUCAAAAUGCAACACAAAAACAACGAAAAGUAAGUGCUACAGAAUUGUCCAAGAUGUAUAUUGACGUCAUGAAGACAUAUGAUAAAAAGUUUCGACCAGGACACGGGGAAAACGCGACACUGGUGAAGCUUGAAGUACAAGUGCUAUCAUUUAGUGAGUUUGAUGAAGGAGCAAUGGAAUUUGAAAUGGACUUUUAUUUCGCUCAAUUUUGGAAUGAUUACCGCUUCAGAGUGCACGAAACACAAGAAGCAGCGCUUAUAAAUUUGAUCGGCAAAGAAGUUGAGAACAUAUGGCUACCUGACACAGUGUUUAUCAACUCGAAGGAGUCGAAAUUCCAUGAUGUAACGAUAAAUAAUAGAUUUUUAUCUGUGGAUUUCAAUAGUGGUGAUAUGCUUUAUCACUCUAGAAUUACAACAAAAGCGUCGUGUCCGAUGGAUUUGAGAGACUAUCCAUUCGACAAGCAGACUUGUUUCUUGGCUAUAGAAAGUUAUGGCCACGAUAAAAGUGAUAUUCUUUACGCGUGGCAAGACUACAAUCAAGACGAAUGUACAGGCCAAUGUAGACAAAUAUAUGUUUAUGAUAAAGAAAUGUCGAAUUUUGAUGUGAUUCAAGCCAUCAAAUCACCUAACAAAACAGCAUAUCAUGCAGAAUUAUUUUCCAGCGCUACGGCGCAGUUCACAUUUAGACGGCGGGCAAAAUACUUUUUGCUGCAAGUGUACUUACCGUGUGUUUUGAUUGUCAUGGUAACAUGGACAACAUUUUGGAUCACUCCAUCGGCAGUGCCUGCUCGUUCUGCAAUCUGUGUGACGACUAUACUAACUUUGAUCACAAUGCUAGGAAUCGUGAAUGUAAACAUGCCGAAAGUGAGCUACAUCAAAGCUUUGGAUAUGUAUUUGUUUGUGUCCUUUAUAUUUGUUUUCUUGUCUCUAUUGGAAUACAUUUUGGUCUUAAAUUUUGCCAACCAUUCCCGGAGAAAAUGGCAGAAAAGAAAGAUAAAGGAAGAAAAUGAGAAUCAAAAUUAUACGACCAAAAGUAUGUGGAGCAGCAGCGAUAAAGCGUUUAAACUAAGCACACAAUGCCCAAAUGGUCGCUUUCCUAUUUCAAACGGUGUAAACACAAGACCACGGAGAAGUUAUGCUGACAAUUUUGAAUCUCCCUAUAGAGAUACCAUUAUAGAUUUAGAAAGGGAAUGUUUAACCAACUCAACUAGUAACAUAAACACAGCUGACACCAAUAUGUCAGAAAGAAUUUCAAAUGUGUUGGUAUGGUCUUCAUCAAGAACAGACAAGGCAGCACGUUUUCUUUUUCCUUUGGCAUUUGCUUGUUUUAAUAUCGGAUAUUGGACCACUUAUCUGUCAGAAAGCAAGUUAUACGAAGAAAUGUUGUAAUUAUGAAGUCAUAUGUUUGUUUACUUGUUUGCAGCA